AUGGCUAAUCGUAGAAAUAUCGAAACAUCUAAACCAUACACCUCUAUUGACAGUUUCAAUGAGAUUUGUGAAGCCUUAGACAAUUUCAUUGAUGCUGCCAAUAUAGAGUUAUGCUCUAGAAAAUCCGAUGACGAUCGACUCAUCACGAUUCAAUGGCAUCACAAGUCUAUACAAAAUUAUGCAAUUUUAAUUAAAUUUUUUAGAAAAUAUAGCUUCUCAGUUCCUCAAAAACAUAGGAUCUUAACGUUAUUACAUCAUAUAAAUUACUUGAAAUGCCACUUUGAUUCGCUGAUGAAGCGCGGUGCAGGACUUAAUCAAUCAAAUGAAAAAAUUAAAUGGGCUCUAACUGAUUCGGCUUUUAAUAAUCGAUUACAAACCGGUACAGUCAUUAAUUUAAGUCACUUAGAUGUUAAUGAAUUUUUAGAUGAUGCCUUUGUUCCUUUUGAAAAUCACAUUAAAACUUGCUUAGACACGUUCGGUCCGUUGAAAGUAUAUACAGUAUUCAAUGCAAAAUAUAAAAAGGUUUUACCUGACGGUACUACAGAAUUCGAUAUAAAAUAUUUCAUUAAUAAGACAGAGUCAAUUUUCCCUUCAACUGAGUUACGCGAUUGGUAUAAUGAUUAUGUAAAGCAGAAAACACUGAAAGAAAUUGAAGAUUUUCAAGAUAAAGAAUCAAAUUGGCAACUCUAUUCAAUCCAUAGAUUAGAUGUCAAUAUUAACAAAUACAAUCCUUUGCGUGUUGGUUCUUUCAUUGAUCUACCGCCAUCUAUUAAAGCUAAACGUGCCUGUGUCAAUGUUAGAAAUGAAAAGGAUAAUGAAUGCUUCAAGUGGGCAAUAUUAUCGGCAUUGUAUGAAGCUUCUUCAAACCCAUCUCGUUUGCAAAACUAUGCAUAUAUUCAACAUCAUUUAAAUUUCACUAAUAUUAAAUUCCCCGUAGCACUCAAUGACGUUGCAAGAUUUGAAGUGCUUAACAAUAUUUCAGUAAACGUUUAUUGUCUUGUUAAACGAAAGGGGAAAUUCACAGUCUCGCCAAUACACCUAACCUCACAGAAACAAUCCAAACAUGUUAAUCUUCUACGCGUUGAUGAUCACUACAUUGAUGAGGAUGAUGAUAAAGAAGAUUCCGCAAUUUCCAACAAAUUCCACUAUGUUUGGAUAAAAUCUCUAUCACGUCUUAUAAAUAACCAAGUAUCCACAAAUGAGCACAAGUUAUUUAUUUGCGAUCGUUGUCUUCACUACUUCAGAAGCAACGAUAAACUUACCGAGCACGUUGAGGAUUGCCAAAAAAUGAAUAACACCAAAAUCAUCUUACCGAAACCAGGAUCUAGUAGUAUUCAAUUCAAGAAUUUUAGUAAUAAAGAAAAAGUACCAUUCAUCAUUUAUGCAGAUUGCGAGAGUCUACUAGUUCCAGGGGAGAAUUCUUCAUCUAUGGGAUGUCAGACAGAAGUAGUUCAACAGCAUCAACUUCUCAGCAUCGGAUUUUAUUUAAAGAGUUAUGAUGACUCUUUAAAUGAAUACAGGGCAUCACCCAAGAAUGAAGAAGAUCCGGCAAGAUGGUUUGCAAAAGAGUUGAAAAAGUUGGCGGAAGAAAUUGAACCUACAUUUAUGGUAAAUAUUCCAAUGGAUACUCUAAAUGCAGAUCAAAAAGCUGCAUUUAAAGUAGCUAAUAUUUGCCAUAUUUGUAUGAAAACUAUCAAGCAUGGAGAAGUAAAAGUUAGAGAUCAUUGCCAUCUGACUGGGGUGUAUCGAGGUGCAGCCCAUCAAGAUUGUAAUGUCAAUUAUCAAGAUUCUAGAAUAGUUCCUGUAGUCUUCCAUAAUUUAAGUGGUUAUGAUGCACAUUUUAUUAUUAAAGCAAUCGCGAAUGAGUUUGAAGGUAAAAUUGACGUUCUUCCCAUUAACAAGGAAAAAUAUAUUAGUUUUACCAAACAUGUUGAAGCAAGUCUCAUUAAAUUUAGAUUCAUUGAUUCAUUUAGAUUUAUGGCAUCAUCUUUAGACAAAUUAGCAUCAUAUUUAAACGAAUACAAAAUUGUCAAAUCAAACUUUUCAAACUAUAGCGAUAAUAAAGUUAAUUUGUUAACCCGAAAAGGAGUUUUUCCUUACGAGUAUCUCGACUCUAAGGAAAAACUCGAAGAAACUCAGUUACCCCAAAAGGAAUGUUUUUAUAGUACAUUGAAUGAUUCAAAUAUAUCAGAUCAAGAAUAUUUACAUGCUCAGCAAGUAUGGUCAGAAUUUAAUUAUCCUGCACACUAUUACACGACACCGGGUUUUACUUGGGAUGCUAUGUUAAAAUAUACAAAUGUAAAACUAGAACUGCUCACUGACAUUGAUAUGAUAAUGUUUAUUGAACGUGGUAUAAGAGGGGGCAUAAGUCAAUGUACAAAUCGUUAUGCCAAAGCAAAUAAUCAAUAUAUGAAAGAGCACAAUGUCAAUGAGGAGACUUCUUACAUUGUAUAUUUAGACGCUAAUAAUCUAUAUGGUUGGGCCAUGGUACAGUCUCUUCCCUAUGAUGAUGCAACUAUAGGUUAUAUUUUGGAAGUUGAUUUAGAUUAUCCUACAGAACUACAUAAUAUGCAUAAUGAUUUCCCAUUUUGUCCUGAACACUUGAAACCACCAGGGUCAAAGCAAGAAAAGCUUCUAACUACUCUCCAACCGAAACGAAAAUACAUUCUCCAUUAUCGUGCACUUAAACAAGCAUUAGCCAAUGGGCUUAAGUUGGUUCACAUCCACCGCAUUUUACAAUUUAAACAGUCAACUUGGCUUAAAGAUUAUGUCGAUUUCAAUACUAGUCAACGAACAAAGGCUAGUAAUGAAUUCGAGAAAAACUUGUUUAAAUUAAUGAACAAUGCGGUGUAUGGUAAGACAAUGGAGAAUGUACGUAAUCACGUAAACGUGAAACUCGUGACAAAGUGGGAGGGUAGGUAUGGGGCAGAAGCUUUAAUUGCUAAACCUAACUUCCACACGCGAGCUAUCUUUAACGAAAAUUUGAUAGCUGUGGAACUUAGGAAGACUGAGGUGUACAUGAAUAAGCCGAUUUAUAUAGGUCUUAGCGUGUUAGACAUCUCAAAAACUCUGAUGUAUGAUUUUCACUAUGAUUACAUGAGGAAAAAGUAUGGAAUGAAUUGUAAACUGCUUUAUACUGACACUGACAGCCUUAUUUAUAAUAUCAAAUGUGAGGAUGUCUAUUCUGAUAUGAGAGCAGACAUUUUCAAAUUUGAUACUUCGGAUUAUCCCAUGAAUAAUGUAUAUGGCAUUCCGCAAGCCAACAAAAAAGUGUUAGGUCUUAUGAAAGACGAAUGCAAUGGCAGGAUUGUCACUGAAUUUGUUGGUUUGCGUAGUAAAAUGUAUAGUUUACGUGUGGAUAAUCAAGAUUUCUUAAAAAAGGCAAAAGGUGUAAAGUCUAAUGUAGUUAAGAAUCAUAUAACUUUUAAUGAUUACAUUUAUUGUUUAAAAAAUAUUAAAAUCCAAUCUCGAACUCAAUAUUCCAUUCGCUCCAAACUCCACAAGGUCCUUACUUUAAAACAGAAAAAAAUAGCCCUAAGUCCCUACGAUGACAAAAGAUUUUUACUGAAACACAACACUGACACUCUUGCAUGGAGUCAUUAUAUUAUAGAAAGAGAUAAAGUCAUAGAAAACGAUGUAGAAAUGAUAGAAUUAUAA